AUGAGAAAUCUGUACUGGCUGUCAUGUGACGAAGUCUGUAUUGGCGUCACUAACUUGGAUCAAGGUUACCCCCGGAGACUGUACCAGGCAGGCAGUGAGGUAAGCGAUGUUUAUCUGGACUGGCAGCGGGGGAGGCUGUACUGGCUGGAGGCCGGCUGGAUCCUAUCCAUGAGACUGCCAGGAGGAAACCCUAGGAAAGUCCUGAGUGUGGAUGGACACGUCGCUGGGCGCGUUGUUUUGGACCUGAAGUCCAACACACUGCUCUGGAACACAGAAGGGGACGGUCAGUAUCACUAACUGCAAUGUUAUCUUUAACAGUGAUUGUUCUGUCUCCUGUAACGCUUUUUCUUGUGCUCCUCAGUGUAGGGCUGGUUCUGUUUAGGAAGGAUCAUGUGGGGUGUAGGGCUGGGGGUGUAGGGCUGGGGGUGUGGGGCUGGUCAUGGGGAGCGGUGCUGGUCGUUGGGGGAGCCGGGCUGGUCGUGGGGGGCGGUGCUGGUCGUUGGGGGGGCUGGUCGUGGGGGGCGGUGCUGGUCGUUGGGGGAGCCGGGCUGGGAUGGUCGUGGGGGGCGGUGCUGGUCGUGGGGGGGGCUGGGCUGGUCGUGUGUGGUGUAAGGCUGAUAAUACUUUGAGGCAUUUGAGCGGAUGACUUUUGUCAAGUUGGUGACCAUUGUUGGUCACCAACCUUUUCAGUGUUGCGUUACGGGAAUACAAAUUCUGUCUUGUCAACCAAUCAUUUAGGGUGUGUGUUUGACCCACGCGAACGCGACCAAAGACGUGACUGAAGUCCAUUUAUGUCGCGAUAUGUGAAAUGUUUAGCCUCACCAAUUGAUUGUACAAUGUACACAUGUAUUUGCAGUUUGUGUGGGUGAUAUGGGGGUUGGAGAAGUAUUUAUUUUGACAUAUUAAAUAAACUUUUCUAAACCACUGUGCCUUGCUGUUGGAAAACGACAUCCGUGUCUGACUUUGGGUUGUCGCAGAUGCACCUCACCUGACUUGGCUCCUGGACUUUCAUUAACAGUCGGUUGCGUUGGCCUUACCACUCAAACAAGCUCUGUGUGCUCCCUGACCCUGUGUAGAUCUGAAGAUCAUGAGUCUGUUGAAGUCCCAGACUCACCUGGCAGGUAGAGAGUGGAAUGUCCCUGGUUCCAUCAUGGCCGCUCACGCUCCGCUCCUCGUGUCGGUGUUUAAUGAUGUCAUCACUGUGUGGGACCGGCGGGACAGGAGGCGUGUCCACGACGUCCCU